AUGGCCUCUGCUUUGGCAUGGCGAUUGAGCUUUCCAUUCGACGAAGCGGUCGAAGUGUUGGUGACGCACGUGGAAAGAGACUCGGGGAAUUUUUUCGUUCAGAUCAACAACUCUGACAGUACAAAGCUCGACGAUCUGAUGGAAGAAAUUGUCAGUUUUGCUUCGCGAAGUAGCGGCGAUUCUAAGGCGAAACCUUUAAAGGUCGGUGAUAUUUGCUUGGCCAAAUAUGUGGAUGAAGUAUGGUACCGGGGGAAGGUACUGGGUGUCGACAGGAAUGGUUUUAAAAUUUUCUUCGUGGAUUAUGGAAAUAGUGAUUUCGUAGCGAGCAGUGAUGCCAUGCCAGCCCCGGACAAAUUUCUAACCUUGCCUCCGCAAGCGUUCGAAUGCGAGCUGGCGAAUGUUAGGGCCAUAGGUGGUCGAUGGAGUACUGAGAUGCUUUGUCAAUUUGAGGAAUUGGUUAUAGAACAGACAUUUGUCGCCCAAGCUGUUUCAUUGAAAACCAACAACGUUCUGGUACUUAGCCUUUUUCAAGACGCAACCAUGACCACACUUGCUGUCGAACCUCUCAUCUCGGCUGGUUAUCUGGAAAGAACCGACGAUGUACUUGCCUACGUUCAGAGUGGACCGAAUCGUAGCUAUGCAUUUUUGGAGCUUGAUAAAUUUAGCUUUGAAGACGUUCAUGUUUCGUACUGUGUUAGUCCAAACAAAUUCUAUUGUUUGUUGCUUAAGAAUUCGACCGCAUUGCAUAAACUCACAGAAGAACUUGAAAUUACGUACAGAGAGGCACCCGAGGAUGACUACCCGUUGACAUCUUGUUGCCAAGACAACCCAUGCUGUGCUAAGUUUUCCGAAGACGAUAUAUGGUACCGAGCAAUCAUCACAAGCGAAAGUCCAUCGACAUCUGGAGAAAUUAACGUGAAAUUUGUUGAUUACGGCAAUUCAGAGAAUGUUCAUAUAUCUGAUCUCAAGGAACUGGACGACAGAUUCCUAGAGUUGCCGAUGCAGGCAUUGGAGUGCACAUUGUAUGGUAUCCAGCCAACAAAUGGUAAAAUUGAGUGGCCGCAAGAUGCAAUAGAAUUGUUUCAAACACUAACCGGUGAAAAACAUCUUGUGAGUUACUUGAGCAGUGUUGCAAACAAUGUUGCCGAGGUGUUUCUCUUUGACACGUCCGAAGAAACAAAAGACAUCAAUUUUGGUCAAGUACUUGUAGACAAUGGCAAGGCUGUAGCAGUUAAAUCGUUGACUGAUUACAAAAAAGGUCAUAAUUCCCAACGUAGGAAAUCAUCUUUUGGUAUUAUAAACCUCGUACCAAACAGCAGCGAAACGGUUGUUAUCACAAAUGCUGAAUCACCUUCGGAUUUUUAUUGCCAACUUUUAAAACAUUCCUCGGAUUUGGACAAACUUAUGGACGAUUUAAAUCAGUAUUAUGAUGCUCUUGGUGAUGUUGACGAUACCAUAACUUUGCCCCAAGCAGGCAUGUUGUGUUGUGGUAAAUAUACAGAAGAUGACGGUUGGUAUAGAUCUCUCAUACUGGAAUCGUAUCUUGCAAAUCGGAAAGUGGAAGUGUUGUAUGUUGAUUAUGGUAACAUUGAGUCGUUGCCCAUAACCAGAAUCAAAGAACUGAAACCGCAGUUUGCAGCGUUGCCACAGCAAGCCAUUCCUUGUUGUUUAUACGGCGUGAGUCCUAGCGCCCCAAGUUGGACCGAUCAGGCAAUAGAGGAAUUUCAGAAUGCCAUUAUUGAAAAAGAACUUGUGAUUAAAGUUGUCUCGCACAGUGAAAGCCAGCGUUACAGUGUUAGUCUCAUGGAAACUGUUGGAGAAGAAGAGUAUAGCGUUAAUAAAUUGCUUGUUCAGAAAG